AGAGUUAUCCUCCUGUUAAAACAGAAAGAGGAAGUAAAAGAAAUUCCCAAAGAAUUUCCACCAGUAGAGUUAGUGAUAAUUUGCUGACAUCAAACCAAAACUAAGAAUGUUUCAAGUACCAGAUUAUACAGGUACUGUGUCAGAGAGACUGUCCGAGGUUCUUGCUGAGAUAGGAGUGGAUGAGAGAACUGUGUUGAGAAGAAGACGAACAGUGUUGCUGGCAGAAUCUGUGGAAAACAGUGCACUACAACUACAGGAUAAGAAGCUUACAGAGUACUAUUUUGGUAGUCAGUCAGAAGGAACAACUACACAGGGACUUAAAUCAGACACUGACAUUCUUUAUUCUUCUAGUGACUUAAUAAUACUACAAGAUUGGAGUGACUGGCAACCUGGUGUACACAAUCUACUGAUGAUUCAGGAUGACACUGUAUCACCUGGUUACUGUUUGCUACAGUAUCUGAGAGACGAUGUCCCUCUUCCAUACAAUUAUGUACUUCAUGAACACUGUUUCAGAGACAGGACUGGAAGAAUACUACUAAGUAAUACAUUUAUGUCAGCUGCAGCAACAACAGCACAUUUCACAGGUGUAAACAAUGGUCCAGCAUAUACAGUAGGUGGAGUACCUGGAGUUCCUGACACAGACUAUGUUCCUGCUUACCCCUGUAAAACAUGGCCUCUACAAGCUAGACCAUGGUUAAACCAGCAAGGUGCAGGUCAUUGGCCUUCAGAUGAUAUGAAGAGAUAUUGUAGCAACACUGGGUGUUUUGUUGUUUGUGUUGGAAGCAAGGGCAGUGAAAAUGAGGAGCUUGAAUGGAGAAUAUCAACAUCUUUAGCAGAAAGGUGUUUAAUGUUAAAUCUCAAUAUCACACAGAUUCAGUGCUACGUGUUGAUGAAGAUGAUACUAAAAACUUACAUUAAGCCUCCCUAUGAAGAUACCAUUACAAGUUUCAUGUGUAAAACAGUUCUGUUCAAACUAAUUGCAAGUACAAAUUCUAAUUUCUGGAGAGAAAAAAACUUACUUGUUUGUCUAUUAUUUUGUUUAUUUUGCCUAUACAACAGUGUUUUGAAUGAAAACUGUCCACAUUUCAUCAUACCUGGGAACAAUUUGAUGGCAGGACAUAUUACUCAAGAAUCUAAACCUCACAUUCUUGAAAUACUGCAGUAUAUUAUAAACAGUGAAGGAACGGCAUUACUGGGAAUUAAGUGUGAUGCUCUUGGUUCAAGGCUCCAGCUGAAGUUGAAUUAUUUAUUCUCAAUCAAUGAAAGAUGCUUUGUUUCAGGAUACUUAUUAAAAACAACUGCUCGUAGUAUUAAUGAAAGCAUAAAUGCUUGUCUAGGUUGUAUUAGCAACAGCAGUUAUGAAGUAGCUAUACAAACAUUACUGAAGUAUAUUUUCAAACUCGCCAUUUUUUCUUAUCAAUGUCAAGGAUUGGACAAAACAGGUUGUGGCCUUCUUGCACCCUGGUUCUGUACAACUCUGGGAUCUGUCCUGGCUUCCCUCAACAUUCAACAGUACAGCAGUAUAUCAGUAGAAGCUCUUACCUGGAUCACACUGGGUCUGAACACAGAUGUUUCAUCUAGUAAACUGAAGCUAGCAUCCAUGUUUUAUUGUAUAGGGGACAUUAAUAGUACAGAACUUGUACUCACAGAUAUUGAAGGAAGCUAUGAUCAAAACAUUGUUGAGCCAAUUUGCAUGUGUUACAACUUUGGCCUUCUAGCUUGUAGAGAAGGAUUCAAUGAAAUAUCUGACAAUCACAAUGAAAAUGCUCUAAAAUAUGCUACAGCAUCCUGUGUCAGAUUUCUGUCAUGUGAAAUUAACUGUAUUCCAGCUGAACUACAGUAUGAACUGUUCAGAUCUACAGAUGAGGACCUUGCUUUCAGAGGUACUUGUGACUACUGGAUGGACUGGGCAGUGAUGGAUUCUCUCCCUUACCUGUACUUUCUACAAUACAAGACCUACAGCAAUCUUGGGAGACAAGAUGACAAGCAAAGAGCACUUUCCAACCUUAUCAUGACCAUUGAACAGGAACCAAACCUUGGUCACAGGGAAACAGCCCUAAAUCUACUUGGACAGUGUAUGGAACAAGAGGACCGACCAACAGACGCUUUACGUUGUUAUCUAUUAUCCCUCAAUCUAAGGGGAAGAAACAAUGCUGCCAAGUUCCAUAUAUGUAGACUUCUAUCUACUAUAGUAAAUCACCAGGCAGAAACAAUGUUUUGAAAGAUAGUGUCACAUGAGUGCAAACACUUCAGAUGACAAAUAAUUUUAGCUCACCUGAGCGAAAGGCUCAUGAUGAGCUUUUCUGACCACUCAAUGUCUGUCAUGUGUU